AUGGGAGUUCACGACAACGCAGAUUCAAAGUAUAUUGUUAUUGGUAAUUCGAGCUUCUCGAAAUUAGCAUCGAAACGUCCUACUACCGUCGUGUUUAACGAAAGUUCAAGCAAAAUCCAAAAAUACGAGGAUAAUCAACAAAACAUUCAAGCAGAAAAUGCGGACAAAGGAAACGUUAAUUUGCAACAACAAAGGAAGCUGCUCGAAGAGAUCCGCAGGAACAGCACGUUGAUCAUCAUUGGCGAAACGGGAAGCGGCAAGACAACGCAGAUCCCGCAACUGCUGCUUUCGUCCGGUAUCGCUGGCACUUCCGGUUGCAUCGGCAUCACCCAGCCGCGAAGAGUGGCCGCGGUGAGCGUUGCCCGGCGAGUUGCGCUAGAGCAAGGUGUAGAAACGGGUAAAUUGGUGGGUUAUUGCGUGCGUUUCGAGGACGUGACGUCGUCGCAAACGAGGAUCAAGUACCUGACCGAUGGUAUGAUGGUCCGCGAGGCGAUGACCGACGAGAUUUUAUCGGAUUAUUCAGUGGUGAUCCUCGACGAAGCCCACGAACGAUCGGUGCAGACUGACGUGCUGCUCGGCGUGGCGAGGAGGGCGCAGAAUUUACGAAAGCUUAAGAACCUGCCGCCGUUGAAGUUGCUGGUAAUGUCAGCCACGAUGGACGUCGAUAAGUUCAGCAAGUAUUUCCAAGCGCCGGCACUGUACUUAGAGGGUCGUCAGCAUCCGGUGAAGAUUUAUCACGCCGUCAAGUCGCAGGAGGAUUAUGCGUUCUCCGCCCUUGUCACAGCUUUCCAGAUUCAUCGCGACAGCCCUGCCAACGAGGAUAUCCUGGUCUUUCUAACCGGGCAAGAAGAGAUCGAGGCCGCGGUUCUGAGCGCGAGGCAAGUAGCUAAACAACUGGAUGGACAGGGUUAUCCGCCAUUGAAGGUGUUUCCAUUGUAUUCGGCUUUGCCGACGCAUCAGCAAUUGGAAGCCUUUAAGCCGUCCGCUCCUGGAAUGAGAAAGCUCAUUUUGUCUACCAACGUGGCUGAAACUUCCGUUACCAUUGGCGGAAUUCGACACGUGAUCGACACCGGCGUGGUCAAAGCGAGAACUCAUCAGCCGACUACCGGAUUGGAUGUGCUCAGGGUGGAAAAAGUCUCAAAGGCACAGGCCUGGCAGAGGACCGGCAGAGCUGGCCGAGAAACGGCCGGCAAAUGUUACCGAACCUACACCAACGAGGAAUUCGAGAGGAUGAAGGAGAUGCCCGUCCCGGAGAUACAAAGGUGUUCACUCGCGGGAGUAGCACUCCAGCUGCUCGCCAUCGGCGUCGACAUCACCACCUUCGAUUUCAUGGACAAACCGCCAAAGGAGGCCGUCGACGUCGCCGUCAACUGUCUCGAGAAAUUGGGCGCCGUCAAGGGUAAGUGUCUCGAUCUCAACAGAUCUUCAAUUUCUCAAUUCAAUCCUUAA